CAGCAACAGUUUACAAACGCAAUGUCUCGUUGUAGUCUCUUCAUUGUGUUGUUUCUUUCUGUCCUCGGAGUCGCAUCGGCUGCUUCUGGCUUUGGAGUCUCAUCGGUUGUAGUAGAGUCGCCAGUUUGUGUUGAGAUUCAAAGGAGAUGUGGCAGUAGCGCUAGAGUCGUGUGCGGAAUGAUCUCCUGCAUUGUAACGUAUCGUUGUUGCGAUGGCUAUGAUCACGAGAAUUCGUCCGAAUGCUUCAGUGUGGACAUCGAGCAAGACGUGCAGUUGGAUGUUCCACUACGCUGUGAGAACGGUGGAACAAAACUGCCGGCUUCUUUGGUGGCAAAUGAUGACCUUAAUGCUUCUUCAGAAAAGUGCAAAUGUCUACCUCAAUUUAGUGGCCGCUGCUGUCAAAAUAAAGGAAAGCCAGGUAGCUGUGGUUUACCAGAGCUCUACUCUCAUGUCUCUUCCAAAAAGCAUUGCAAAAUCGACGCGGACUGUGAAGGGAGGAAGAAAUGCUGUUACAGAGUCAACGGUCGCGUUUGUGCACACCCCGUCGCUGAAGAUCCCUGUAAACGUAUAGACUGUGAACUAGACCGGAUUUGCAGGCGAUCUAAUGAAAAUUCCCUCAUUCUUUACCGCCAUACUUCUAGCUCUUCGUUAUUUACUGAAAAACGUAUAGAUGUCGAAUGUGCUCCUUUUGUGAGACCCGGUGUGUGCCCCUCGAUUGAAGAGCAACCGUGCCUGUUUUCUGAAUCUCACUGUGAUAACGACUCGUCGUGCCGUGAUGGUUCGAAAUGCUGCUAUGAGUCAUCGUGUAUUCGUCAAUGUAUCAAAGUAUAGAAAUUAUGUGAUGCCACAUUUUGAACUUUCUAAGUUAGCUAAGAAAUUACAACAAUUGGAUUUACCUGUUGAUUGCACUCAACAGCAGACUUUAGCUGAAUAAUUGCGGUAGCAAUAGAUAUUGUUGAUUAUAGAAG